UUAUUCCUUUGGCCAAGAGGAAAUCCCUGCCAAGGGAUUUAAAUAUUUCCCUCUGAGGGGAAAAAAGCCUUUGGAAAAAUGCUGUGAGUACAGUAAAAGCAGUGCACAUACGCAGAUUUUCUAUGCUCUGUGCUCAUUUGUGACUGUUGAGCUGUGACAUAGGCUGAAACUCGCCUGUCGGUCCUUUAAAGCUGAACUUCACUUUGAAACGAGUCCUGGAAGACAGCAGGGCUGCUGCGCACAUCGCUGUUCAUAAACAGCACCGGAUUAGCAUGAGUGGGGCUGCCUGUAGAGAAAAAGGCUGCUGAGGACCGAAGAGACAGGUUUUGCCUUUCAUGCAGAGUGCAGGCGUCUUUGUCUUGGAGUAACGCCCGGGGGGGGUGUAAUCGCGUGGAAAAGCAGCGCGUCAGAGCCGGGGCGAUGCUACGCAGCCCGGUGGGCAGGCAUGCUGGCUGCGAGCUUGUGUAAGAGCACGGAGCCUGCCGGAGCAGCAAAAGUAGCGAGGAGCCGAGCGGGAGAGGAGCCCCAGUGCAUGGCCAGCCUCCCCGCCACGGCACGAGCUGCAAACGGGUGAGAUCCCAGGCAGCACGCAGCAUCGUCGUCGGGGAUGUUGUCCCUUUUCAUCUGUUUCUCCCUCCCCUACUUUGUUAACGCCUUCACGACCUCGGGAAAGUUGCCCCUCAACAGAAGCCUUGAGGAGUCUCUGGGAAUCCCGACCGCCUCGGGUUCGUUUUCCUGGGAUAACGACACGCUGGCGGGCUGGCAGACCUUCGUGGGCAGGAGCCGGCACAGGACGGACUCACAGCACGUGGCGGCGAAAGCCCUGCUCGUCGCGGCGUACUCCGUCAUCAUCGUCAUCUCCCUCUUCGGCAACGUCCUCGUCUGCCACGUCGGCGUCAAGAGCAGACGCCUGCGGUCCGCCACCAGCUUGUUCAUCGUCAAUUUGGCCGUGGCCGACAUCAUGAUCAUGCUUCUCAACGCCCCUUUCACGCUGGCUCGCUUUGUGAACAGUACGUGGAUAUUCGGGAAGGGGAUGUGCCACGUCAGUCGGUUUGCCCAGUACUGCUCCCUCCACGUCUCUGCCUUGACCCUCACAGCCAUUGCCGUGGACAGGCACCAGGUUAUCAUGCACCCUCUGAAACCUCGCAUAUCUACUGCAAAAGGUGUUAUCUACAUCUCUGUAAUUUGGGUCAUGGCGGCUUGUUUUUCCCUCCCACACGCUAUCUACCAAAAACUCUUUACCUUUGAAUACAGUGAGGAAGUUACCCGGUGCCUGUGUCUCCCGGAUUUCCCUGAGCCAGCUGACCUCUUUUGGAAGUACCUCGACCUGACCACCUUCAUUUUGCUCUACGUCCUGCCCCUGGUGAUCAUCUCGGCUGCCUACGUGACGGUGGCCAAGAAGCUCUGGCUGCGCAACGCCAUCGGAGAUGUCACCACCGAGCAGUACUUUGCCCUUCGCAGGAAGAACAAGAAGACUAUAAAGAUGCUGAUGCUCGUGGUCGUCCUCUUUGCAGUCUGCUGGUUUCCCUUAAACUGCUACGUCGUCCUCCUCUCCAGCCAGACCAUCCGCACCAACAACGCCCUCUACUUCGCCUUUCACUGGCUUGCGAUGAGCAGCACCUGCUACAACCCGUUCAUCUACUGCUGGCUCAACGACAGUUUCCGAUCGGAGCUGAAGGCUUUGCUCAACAUCUGCAGAAAACCUCCAGGCCCCGCAGAACAGAGGCUUCCUUCCGCGCUCCCUUCCUACCGGCUGGCUUGGCCAGAAAACGGCACCUUCAGGAGGUUGCAGGCCUCUCACGUCCUGCCCUCGGCCUCCAACAUCCCGUCAGGAAAGACAGACAUCUCUGCAGUGGAGCCGAUAGUAGCCGUGAGCUAAACAGUGGCCCUGGGGCAUUGAGAAGGACCUCACUUAAUUUUGGCUGGAGCUAGGAAAGUGGGAAGGUGUGGGGCCCUGGCCUGCGUGGUGGCAGUGGCAGCACCAAGCCUGGCUGUGUGAGAGGCAGCAUGAAGAAGCUGCAUCUUUGAUGCUGGCUGAUGGUAAGAAUAUGGAGCCCUGGAAGGGAAGGAAGGAAACGCUUGCUGGGAAGGAGCUCUCUUUUUGUCUUGGUCACGUUGACUUCAGAUCUGGUGGUAGGGAGGGAUUCUUUGCAUGUACACCGCUGUUACCUGCAUGACUGAGUCUUUUUACCGCUGGGGUGGUGUGUGUAUUUUGCUGGUAUUUAAAUGCUAAAGCAACAGCCUGAUCACAUCGAGCCUCCCUCCCCGUUAUCUCUUGGUAGCACCGCAGAAAUGGCAGAUGUAGACCGUAGGCCGCUGGCUUAAGUCCAGUGCACUUGGGUGGGAGACAUCUCUUCCUAAAGGGGCCUGAUGGGUCAAGGUCAGCUCAGUAUGAGUAAACAAGUACAUCUUAAAAAUCCAUUUUUUGGUGGAAAUACCUUCCGAGAGGUGGAGGGCUAGACAGCCACUGAAAAUUAGAGUGGU